AUGCAGUCAUCCUCGAGCGAACACUUGAACGAGCUCAAAACUCAGCUGGUCGCCCGAGAAGGCACCUACCACCUGGUGCCUCAUGCUGAAUACAGCCGACCAAAGGUGUCCACCUACGCGCCGAACAAUGGAAUCGGCGUGGCGGCGCCCAACUCGACGCCCGUUCGGGUCUCCUUUGCGAAGGUGCACUGCACCGAUGUGAUCAACUCUCCGAAUCCCUCCGGCGGCAACCUAGGCAAUCCCUUCCUCCCGACCAUUCACUACAAUCGCAUCAGUCACUCUAAUGAUGGUCUAAACUCGAUCAACAACACCCUCGCCACCUCGACUACCAACAACGUUGGAGUGGGCCCCGGUACCGCCUCAAUCGGCACCAACACCACCAACACCUCAGUCAGCUCUGCAUCGCCUGCGUAUUUGAAUCACCACAGUGACAACUCGAAUGAACACUCACAUGUGCACCGAAACAACCUUAUUCGCGCAUCGAGAGAUUUUCGGUCUCUUGACGAGCGGAUCGUUUUCAACAUUGGAAGAGAAGUUUUUAUUUUCGCCUUCAACGGCCUUCAGCCAUCUGAUCUAACCAAACUGGUGGAUCGGCGCAACUACAAAGCUUCUUUUCCGACGUGCCAUGACAUCUUCUCAAAUGUCGACAAUCGCACAGCAUUACUGUUGAUUGGUUUUAAUACUGGACAAAUUCAGUUUGUCGAUCUCUACCGCUCAGAAGUCAAUCGAUUCUUCAAUUCAGAAAGACUUAUUGAGAAGAGCAAGGUCACCUGUGUGCGAUGGCUUCCACGGUCAAAGAGCAACUUUCUGGUCAGCUACUCGAGUGGGCAAAUGUAUCUGUUCAAGGAGGAUCUAACUUGCGGUACGACGGCGCCCAAUUACCAGCAGUUCAAAGCAGGCGAAGGCUUUACCAUUUUUACGUGCAAAACUAAAAGUUCAAGAAAUCCAAUCUUCCGUUGGUCAAUUGGCGAAGGGGCCAUUCACGAGUUUGCCUUUUCGCCUUGUGGGGAAUUUCUGGCCAUCGUAUCGCAGGAUGGCUUCCUUCGUGUUUUUCACUACGAUAAGAUGGAACUGGUCGGCCGAAUGAGGUCCUACUUUGGCGGUCUACUCUGCAUCGACUGGAGUCCCGAUUCAAAGUUCAUCGUUACCGGUGGGGAAGAUGACCUAAUUACGGUGUGGUCGCAUUCUGAGAAGCGAGUUGUAGCUCGAGGGCAGGGGCACAAGUCCUGGGUGAAUGUGGUGGCCUUUGACCCGUACAUGAUCGACUACAAUGCUCACAGUGCCAUUGACUCGGAUGACUUUGACGACAACAGCCUGGAGGACGGCAUCAUCGGGGGAGAGCAGAGCCAGCCCUUUCAGCGGAGCUUCAACUCCUCCUCCUCCUCUUCUCGAAGACCUCCCCACCACCACGACUCGAAGACGGUGCUGCACAAGGGCAAGUCGGUGUCUAAUGAGUUUAGCGUGAGCAGUUACCGAAUUGGCUCGGUUGGUCAGGACACGCAGAUUUGCCUCUGGGACCUGACGGAUGAUAUCAUUCGACAAUCGAGCCAGCAGGCAGUGAAGGCGCGAGCCAGCCUGGUCGCAGCAAACACCUCUUCGACGAACAAUCUACUGAAGAGUGGUGGCGGUAGUGCCGCAGGAAACAGUGAAGAUAGUCAACACGCCUCAUCCGCCGACUCGAAGCACCACCAGUCGAAUGGUCUGCUGGCGAACAACAGUGCAAAUCACCACAAUCCCCAUCAGUCACAGCAUCACAAUCACCACAACGCUGCUCACCACUUUUUCAACAGCCUUAUUAAGUCUUCUAAAUCAGAUAAAGCGGACAAAACGGACAAAGCAGAAAAGGCAGAAAAGUCUGGCGAGUCGCAUCACAAACACCACAAAUCCUUCUCCCUCAGCAGUCGCUCCUUUUCGGACAAGCACCACAAGGCGAAUAACGCCUCCUCAGGCAGUGCCAGUGGUCAGAUGAUGCUCACCAACUGCACCGGAUCUCUGGGCUCAAAUCACGCCCAGAACCACAGCAGCAGUGCCACCAUCUGUGACCCUGGGCGACUGCUGGGCACCGCCCUUUGUCCGCGUUUGGACGAUGUGCCCAUGCUGGAGCCGCAUGUCUGCAAGAAGGUGGCCCAUGAGCGUCUGACGGAGUUGAUCUUCUGCAAGGACUACAUUACUAUUGCCAAUCAAGACGGAAAAGUAUCGUUGUUUGCUCGCCCUAGCAAGUCGUCAAACAUGAAAAUGUCCAACAACAGUCCUAAUGCUAGCAGCCUGGCGAGCGACCUAAAUGACAUUGCCUGUGAUGAUAACUCAGCAAUCAUUUGA